AUUUGCACGUGCAACCUUGGGUACAACCCAGUACGAAAUAUUCAGAACCCUAUAUCGUGUUCACGUUGAUGUCCAUCACGCAUACAUUACAUACAGUUACUACUAUCAAAAAUCGGUGUCACCAUUAUUCACACUGUCUUGCCUGAUAUGUUUGAUCUGAUCACCGCAUUCGCAAUCUUCGCCCUUACGUUAGGGGGCCCAGCAGCCUUUGCGAAGCAAAGGUCCGCUGGUUUCAGUAGAGGACAGAAGAUUGCUUUUCACCUUUCUCUUAUCCUCUAUCUCUGUGGUGCCAGUCUUCUUGUGUUGGCACUUCUAUGGCGAGGUCUCAUGUGUUUUAGGCACGAGAAGUUGGUACAUAUCUUGGUCCAGGUCAAGAACCUCUAUGCUAGCCUUGAUGGAGCCUCUAGUGUUCUAUUAUUGGUUUCUGCAGGCCUCUUUUUUUUCGGGCUUUGUUUGAGAGUGGCACUAUUUAUGAGGCGAUGUUGGAUUACCAGGAAGGUGCCAGACGGCCGCAAACCGGUCAGGAGCUUUAGUGACAAGCAAUAAAUAGGUUCGAUGUCCAUUCAGAGAUAAAGAUUAGAUAUGGAGAUAAGGGCACCGGGUUUUGGCGGACUUGGGGUUAGCUUAGUUAUAAGCAAAGAAAUGUGGAAGCAUACUCUAGC